AUUUGCAGUUAUUAUUAAUGGAUUUUGGAUAAAAUGAAGAGAGAUAUUAAAAGUUAGAGAAAAUAGGAGAAGGAACCUAUGGAUUAGUUUAUAAGGCCAAAGAUAAUCAAACAGGUGAAAUAGUAGCAUUAAAGAAAAUAAGAAUGGAUCAUGAAGAUGAAGGAGUUCCAUCAACUGCCAUAAGAGAAAUUUCAUUAUUGAAAGAAGUAAAAAGCAAUUUAAUAAAAUAUAGGUUUAACAUCCAAAUAUAGUACCAUUGAAAGAUGUAGUAUAUGAUGAGUCAAGAUUAUAUUUAAUUUUUGACUUUGUGGAUUUAGACUUAAAAAAAUAUAUGGAAAGUGUACCUUAGUUAGAUAGAGUAUAAGUGAAGAGAUUUAUUCACUAAAUGUUAUAAGCUUUGAAUUAUUGUCAUUAGAAUAGAGUUAUUCAUAGAGAUUUAAAGCCUUAGAAUAUUUUGGUAGAUAUAAAACAAUAAAAUACAUAAAUUGCAGAUUUUGGAUUGGCAAGAGCAUUUGGUUUACCUUUAAAAACAUAUACUCAUGAAGUUAUAACAUUAUGGUAUAGAGCACCAGAGAUAUUACUUGGAUAGAAAUAAUAUUCAACUCCAGUUGAUGUAUGGUCUUUAGGUUGUAUAUUUGCAGAAAUGGCUUAGAAAAGACCAUUAUUUUGUGGAGAUUCAGAAAUAGAUUAGUUAUUUAAAAUAUUUAAGAUAAUGGGAACUCCUAAAGAAUCAACUUGGCCAGGAGUUAGUACUUUACCUGAUUUUAAAAGUACUUUUCCUAGAUGGCCUACUCCUACUAAUCCUGCAACAACAUUAGGAAGAGAUAUUACUAAUUUAUGUCCAUUAGGAUUAGAUUUACUUUCAAAAAUGAUUGUUUAUGAUCCUUAUGCAAGAAUUACAGCAGAAGAAGCUUUAAAACAUUCUUAUUUUGAUGAUUUAAAUAACUGA